AUGGAUCACGGACAUAUGGGACAUGGAGGGAUGGACCACGGCGACAUGGACAUGGGCGAUCAGUGCAGCAUGAACAUGCUAUUUACCUGGGACACCCGAAACCUCUGCAUUGUGUUCCGCUGGUGGCGAAUUGCUGGUCCUCUGUCGCUGGCUCUGUCUCUGCUUGCAAUUAUUCUUCUGUGCGCUGGGUAUGAAGGGAUACGAGAGGUCAGCAGGAGGGUGGAGGCACGACAGGCCGUCCAGUUGAGCACACACAGCAUCAGCGCAUCAAGGAAAAAAGGUGAACACGAGUCAAGCUCACUGCUCCGCGUAGGAAGAGACAACAAGGGGGCAGCAGAGCGACAGGGAACCAUCAUCCGGGCGACGCUAUACGCCAUUCAAGUCUUCUAUUCCUUUUUCAUCAUGCUACUAUUCAUGACCUACAACGGCUGGGUCAUGCUGGCGGUUGCGGUCGGUGCUUUUGUCGGUUACAUUGCCUUCUCGAACAAGCUGCCGUCCACCAAGACAGUCGCGUGCCAUUGA